UGAAAGGCCGGGGGUGGGGGACCUGGAAGUUUUAGCCUAGCUGUUCUCGAGGCGGAUUAAUUAGCCCAAGAAACAUUAUAUUCAUGCUUAGGUGGAGAAAAGCAGGGCUAGAAUUGGAACCCAAAGCCCAGAAUGGCAGGAGAGGAUGUGGGGGCUCCACCCGAUCACCUCUGGGUUCACCAAGAGGGUAUCUACCGCGACGAAUACCAGCGCACGUGGGUGGCCGUCGUGGAAGAGGAGACGAGUUUCCUAAGGGCACGAGUCCAGCAAAUUCAGGUUCCCCUAGGUGACGCAGCUAGGCCAAGUCACCUUCUUACCUCCCAGCUACCUCUCAUGUGGCAACUCUACCCGGAGGAGCGCUACAUGGAUAACAACUCUCGCUUGUGGCAGAUACAGCAUCAUUUAAUGGUCAGGGGAGUACAGGAGCUGUUGCUUAAGCUUUUGCCUGAUGAUUAACCUGGUGCUGGGAUUCUAGGAAGAUAUGCUUCUUUGUUCUGUUCAGUAUAUGGCAAUCACUUCAUCCACUACUGCAGUGCACCCACCCUUGGGCCU